AUGAAUCGAAGGUAUAAAGUGGUGCUUGGAAAAUUAAGUCUUACAGUGAUUUUUCUAAUUGUGAUCUUCACCUUUGGAAUACAGUUAACACGCUAUGAUAAAAGCAAAACAAGAAGAGUACGAGUGUAUAAACAGUUUGAUUUACAUAAUGUAAACAAGGAUGUAAAAUCAACCAGAUCUUUCACGGUUAAUACACACCAUGCCUCCGGAAAACAACAUAGUGAAGAUAACACGGAAAUAGAGAGUAAAACGAAAAAAGAAAAAGUGGAAAACCACAAACCUUAUUUGCAUAAUCAACUGGAGUAUAUACCGGAUGUGUCUGAAGCUGCAAAAAGUGACAAAGUACCAAAUCUUUCAGAUAAUAUUACACGGAAGUUUCUGAAGUUACCAAACAUCACAUAUCAAGAAAAAGUAGCAAUUUUGACGCCUGUACGUAACGCUGAACGCGCUCUAGAACGAUUUGGUGAACAAGUUGGCAAACUGACAUAUCCCCAUGAAUUGAUAUCGAUGUUUUUCGGAGAGGAUGGAAGUACAGACAACACACUUGAAGAAUCAAAUAUAACUGCACAUCGACUUAAAACACAAUAUAAGUUCAACGCGGCUGAUGUUGUGAAGUUAAAUAUUUCAGGUGGUCUUCACGGAGAUGUUAAUGUGCGACAUGAGGAAAAUGUUCAGCAAAAUAGGAGAGCACAUAUGGCUUUGGCAAGAAAUCGUCUACUUCGCUUUGCUCUGCGUCAAAACAAGUUCGACUUCAUUCUGUGGGUAGAUAGUGACCUUGCAGAACUUCCGGCUGACCUCGUGCAGCAAAUGCUCUUCGCGAAAUCUGAUGUCGUAGCGACAUGUUGUUUGAUGAGAAGUGUUGGAAAUAAAUUUAAAUAUGAUAGGAAUUCUUGGAGAGAGACAAACGAUUCUAUAAUUAAACAGUCUAACCUCGAACCAGAUUAUCUUGUACUAGAAGGUUAUAGUAAAACCCUGAGAAUUAGUCUUCCAGAUCUUAAAAGUGAAGGUCGUGUAGUUCCUUUGGACGGAGUAGGUGGUUGUGCACUUCUGAUAAAAUCCAAAUGUCACCGAAGUGGUUUGCAGUUUCCGGAAGUUGUAUACAAACAUCAUAUUGAAACAGAAGGUCUUGCAAAAAUGGCACGUGACAUGGGUUAUAGUGUUGUAGGUCUUCCUUUCGUAGAAGUUUUUCAUGAGUAA